AUGAGAGCUUCCAUCAGUGCUGCAGAGAGACUAAGCAUCACUCUAAGGUUCCUGGCCACUGGAGAGUCCUAUCAAUCCCUUGCUCUCCUCCAAUCCUGGAGGUGGGGAGACAACACUAUUGGAAAUAUUGUAGCAGAAACAUUUGAGGCCAUUAUUGCAGAAUACAUGGAGGAGGUCAUGCCAUGUCCCAAAGCCCCUGAAGACUGGAAGAAGAUAGCAGAAGAAUUUGGCAGCAGAUGGCGGUUCUACAACUGUAUAGGUGCUUCAGAUGGAAAGCACAUUGCCAUCAAGGUCCCACGUAACCAAGGUUACGUCUACUACAACUACAAAGGCUUUCACUCCAUAAUCCUGCUGGCUCUGGUGGAUGCUGGUCACAAAUUCAUCUUCAUUGACUGUGGGUCCAAUGGCAGUGCUAGUGACAGUGGUGUCUUCAGAGAUACACAGCUCUUCAAAAAGUUGGAAAAUGGAACCAUGGCCCUGCCUGAACCAGAACCACUUCCAAACGACACAGAACCAGUUCCAUACCACAUACCGUAUUAG